AUGGCGGGCCAUGAUGAUGGAGAGAGUAACUAUGACGAUGAUGAUCUGGAUGAUCUUCCCAGCGACGCCCUGAUAGAACUCGAGAACAAUGCCAUCCAGUUUACUCAGGCCCAACGUGUGAAGGCGGCUCCUUCCUCGGAUUACGGUGAUGACUUUGAGGAUGAAGACUUGGACGAUGCGGUGGUAAUUGAUGAGUCACGGAGUACACCAGCUAUCGUUCCAACCCUUCGGCAAACUGUUCCGGGACCAGCAAUCCAGCAUGAACAGUUUCGGCAGCAGCGCUAUGGGAUGGCCAAUAAUUCUAAUCUGGCAAACCGACAACGAUAUAACCCCCCUCCAAAAUUCAACGAGUCGAGCCGUUUGCCAACGGAACCAAUUGUUCAACAUGCAGACAAAGUGGAGCAGGGAACCGGCGAGCAAGCUGCUGGAUCCGAUGUUUUGAGCUUGCAGAGACAAGUCGAGGAGUUGCUUAGAGAGCGAAAUGCCCUCAAAGAAGACCUCAAUGCUAAGGCAGGCGAAAUUGCGAUCGUCCGGAGCAAACAGGAGAAAACGGUGAAGGAAUACGAGAGGGAAAUGGCUGUUCUUCGAAAGCUCAACGAGGACAAACUGGCGAAGCAGCAGAAAUCCCUCGAGGCGGCCCGGAUUGCGGAGAAGAACGCUGCAACAGAGCGCGAUUUCAUAAAGCAGGACUUGGCAGAGGAAUCGGAGCGGGUACGGAGGCUGAACAGACAAAAGGCUGCGGAAAAGAAGGAUGGCCCGAGUGUGGUGACGACGCCCAAGAAAAAGAAGACCUUUUCACAUAGGGAUGGAUUUGAUGAUGACGAAAUUGAGAUUCUCUCGCCGUCAAAGAUCUCCCCAUCAAAAUUUCAGAAGCGAAAUAUUGGGUCUCCUUCCAAACCAGGAAAACGAAAACGGAAAGCUGCUGAGAGUCCUGCUGGUGCUUUGGAAGUUAUUCAAAUCGAUGAACCAUCCGCUGUGGUGCCAGAUCAGAAGGCUACGGUUCUUGAUGAGGCCAUCAUUGCGAGUUUACAGAUACAAGACGACAGAUUUGAUUUUAUUGGGACUAUGCUAGAUCAUCGUAUCGAUUCCAAUCAUCUUCGAACUCUAGAAGAGUUGGGGAAACACUCUUUGCCAUCUGCGCCGAAAGAGUCUUUUCAGUCGAUAAUACUUGGGCGGAUACCAGAGCUAGGAGUUAAGAAAUCUUCAAAAGAUCUCCCCAUCGACUUUUGCGAGCUGCUCGUCUCCAUCUGGAAGAGCUGCCUGGAAGAAAAAUAUUACAAACCAAUAUAUCUCUUCAUGGACAUGCUUUCCUUUGCUUUGGAGCUGAAGACCUCAUUGAUAGCCCCUCAUAUAAUCGACUCACUUGUUCCGGUCACCCAGCUCACCGCUGACCUGAUGGUCAUACCACGAUUCCAAAGGUGGCCAAUAAAAGAAUUUGAGAAUGAUAUCGAUGUAGGCGUCUGCAUGUCUAUUCUUUAUCUUGCAGCACAGGGGUGUACAUCCUGCCCGGAACAUAUUACCCGAUUUUGGAAAUUGUUCCGCUAUGACUUCAUUCUCAUGCUGCUGAGCACAAAUCAACAACAAGCAGAUUUCGAGGUCAUGCUACAGCUACUCUCAACCAGUGUGUUUCGAGACUCUUUCGGGGCUAUACAUGUCGAUGUUCCCCAGGAUGGCCAAAUCAGCUGGAUUCUAGAUCGUUUUUCGUAUAUCCUUUACGAGGUACCGUCUUUACCAAUGAGUAAUGACAAAUUUAAUCUUGUCGUUCUAUCAAAAAUGCGGAUCCAGAUUCUGCAGCUGCUGACAAGCAUGACUCGGUCUCCGUUUGCUAGCAAGGCUGUGGCAAUACAUCCGCUGGUUAUUGGGCGACUUGUCAGCCUCAUAAGUGAUGAGCUAGAUCUCUUAUAUGAUUAUCAGCCUCGACAUGAAGAAAGUGCGCGCAUAAUAAGCUUAGCAGUACGGCUUUUAUACCAUCUUGUUACACGGUAUGACAACAUGAUAGACAUGCAAAAGAAACUGGCCGUCAUCCCGGGCGGUUCUCAGAAACACCUCCUCUGCCUCUCGAGAUUAAGCUUCUCGGAAGAUAAUUUAGUCCUAGAAUCAGGAAUCGGUGCCGACGUUGCACAAUGUGCCAUGGAUAUGUUAGACAUGUCUAUCACUCCCGAGGAAGGCGAGGCUGUGCAGUCAGCCUUCACGAGUCCAUGA